CCGCACACGUCAUUGUGUGACACAGACAGGCCUACAGUCUUUUGAUGACACAUACAGGAGUGUCAUCGUGUGUUCAUCAAUGGAGGGCGGGCUUUAGACCUCGUUUUCUCUUUGGUAUAUUUUUUGCUGUGGCUGAGCCAAAAGUUCUACUAACAAAAGGACAUCAUGGCAGAGAGCAGUGGAUUAUCAUUCAAGUCAUUUGUGUCAGAAAGUGAAUUGGAAGAGAAGAGGAAGAAAAGGCAGGAAGAGUGGGAGAAAGUGAGGACAUCAGAGCAACCACUAGAGGCUCCAGAAGAGGAGUAUGACCCAAGGUCACUAUAUGACAGAUUACAAGAACAAAAAGACAAGAAGCAGGCGGAAUAUGAUGAAGCGCAUCAAUUCAAAAACAUGGUGAAGGGACUAGAAGAUGAAGAGGCGGAGUUCUUAGAUGAAGUAUCCAACCGUCAAAUUGAGUUGGAAAAUAAACGUUGGGAAGAGGAAAUUAAUGAGAUUAAAGAAUUUAGAAAAGCAAGAGCUGAAUUAGAAGUAAAGAUAGAAGAUAAACAGAAACCAACGGGAAAGCCAAUUGUUAAAACUACAGCAACAUCAUCAAGAAAAUCUCAACAGUCUUUAUUAGCUGGUGCAGUCAAAAGGAAGAGAAGUAACAGUGAAGACAAAUGUGAGGAAAAGUCAUUAAAUGCAAAUAGUAAAACAUCCAAUGCCUCUAGGGAAACAUCAAAUUCAGAAUCUAAGAAUGGAGGUGAAACGAUGGCAAAAUAUGUUGCUGUAUUACCUGGUCUCGGUGUUUACUCAAACAGCAGUGAAUCGGACUCUAGCAGUGACUCGGAGAUAGAAGUUCCUGCAAGCAGAUGUAAAGCACAAUGUAUUAUAAAGAAGAAAAAGUGAACAACUAUAAAAGAAAAUUAUUUUUACUUCAUUUACUAUCGAAUUGAAGUCUUUUUGAACUGAAAUUAUGAAACUCAUUUGUACCAUGGAUGUAACUUCUGUGAUUGUACAUAGAUGAUGGGCUACCAUGUGUACGAUCUAAGCCUACCCAACUCUUGCAGGAUCUAUUCUUACCCAGCUGGUCUAUGUAGGAUCUAUGCCUUCCCAGCUGCUGGAUGAAGACUUGUGCCUACCCAGCUGUUUGUAUAGAAUAUCUAUAUCAAGGCUCUGCUUACUAAGAGAUAGGUUCUAGCAGUCUGUGGAAGAGGUAUUAGUGAGGUUACCGUUUCAUUAUGUGUUACAUAACAUACGGUGUGGAUGUAGAACUUGUGCUGAUGUAAUCAUGCUGAUGUGCAAUGGGUUGGGUUUUCCAGUAGAUAUUAGGAUUUCAUAUAGAUUGCCAGCUACAUUUUCUAAUACAAACUGAUUAAGUACUCCCCAUAGCUGUUGUGAUUAACAUUGCAUUCAAUUAGGUUACAUCAUCAGUACAUAUCAAAAUAGAUCAACUGUUAAUGAUUGCUAGAAAUUGGAUUAUAUAUACUGAUUUCAAUAGUUAUCAGUGGCAGUUCCAGGGAAUUCAAAGGUGCUUGCUCCCCGGCAGCAAUCGCUAACCAAUUGUGAAAUCAUUUAAAUAAGAGAUUAAAAUGGCUAAAACUUGGAAGCCCCUCCCCGGACUCCUACUGGGUAAGAGUGUUGCAUGUUACGUGAUUGGCUAAAACUACUAAUCAGAGAAACAUAAAAGCCAACACCUUGCAUUCUUUACAGUUAUAAAAAUAUUUAUUGUCAUUAACAUAGCCAUAUUUUCAUGACAAAAUAAACACUUUUUAAAAUAUAAUAGUAAAAUGAAACUGAAAAUGUAAAUGAUGUAAGAAUUUGAUUAAAACUGAUACAGUAGAUA